CCGGUCCCCGCGCCCAUGACACGGCAACGCAACCUUUUGAUCUACGACACCACGAACCGCCUGACAUGACCAGAUAAGUACAGCAUUGCGCGUCGUCAGCGAUGUGGGUGGCGCGAAGGCUCGGAGGCAGCCUAGGGGUGUUGCGGGCACCCGUGUCUGUACCUGGCCACUGCCAGUGGCGCUCCUUUAGCAGAAUUGAUGCCGUCAGGCAGCUUUUGAACGAGCAUCGGCGUGUUCCUGCGAGGGCUGGCGGAAAUGCCGCAUCGACAUCGGCGCCCAGUGGCUUGAGCGGCGCGUCAGUGGCGCAGUCGCCAGUAGGGAAUAAUGCAGAUCACGCUAAGGAAGGCGAUACGGUCAACACGCUGGUGAAGGAGCUCCUGAGGAUAUUCACGCGAAAGGUUCCAGGCUCGCUGGUGCCUGACGAGCUGGUGCGGGGCUUUGUCCACGCCUACAAGCAGCUGGGGGGCACGCAGGAGCGAUUGGACUUCUUUCGCCUGAUCACACGGGAGCUGGGGCUGUCCGUGAACGAGGUCAACACGGCGGUGCGAUCAUGGGACAGCGCCGUGGCACGCGGCGCGGCUUCAAUCGCCACCUCGACGCCCUCCCAACCCCAGGCGGCGCCAUCGCCGCUGCAGUGGGAUGCGGCCUACCGCGCCGCCGACCGCCUCGCGUCCGCCGCCACACCUCUGUACUCGCAGCUGUUUGUGCCAAUCAGCCAGGCACCGGAUGGCAUGAAGUUCCUUGUGGACAUGCGGGCCGACCUGAUGGACGUGGUGGCGGCGGCGACAGUGGCCGCACCCGCAUCCGCACCUGCAGCUGCACCUAACCCAGAAGCAGAAGCCUCGACCGCCGACGGCAGCAGCACCAGCAGUAGCACCCAUCGCGGAGUGGGAACGGCAGUGGCGCCCAGCAGCACAGGCGCUGCGGGGGAAGCGCAGGAGGCAGGUGGGCACACGGCGGGCGCGGUGGCGGCGGCAGUGGGUGCGGCGGCGCCGCCCGCCGCUCUCACGGUGUCACUGGAGGAGUCUGCGCACCUGCGGGCCAUGGCCGAGCAGCUCAGGCAGCUGCUGGCCGAGUGGUUCAGUGUGGGGCUGCUGCACCUGCAGCACAUCUCAUGGGAGGAGUCGCCGGCGGCCUUGCUGGAGCGGGUGAUGCGGGCGGAGGCGGUGCAUCCGCUGGGCGGCAGCUGGGAAGAGCUGCGGCGGCGGCUGGGCCCGCGGCGGCGCGUGUUCGCGUUCACGCACCCCUGCAUGCCGGGAGAGCCGCUGGUGGUGCUGCACACCGCGCUCAUGAACCGGCCAGCUGCCUGCAUUGACGACAUCCUGUCGCACCACGACCGCGCCGGUGAGCCGCCGGCCGCCUGUUCCCCCACGCCCGCCGCCGCUUCCUCCUCCGCCGCCUCCGGCCCCACCACUGCCGUGUUCUACUCCAUCUCGUCCAGCCAGCCCGGGCUCAAGGGCAUCGAGCUGGGCCACUUCCUCAUCCAGCGGGUCGCCGAGAGGCUCACGGCCGAGCAUCCCAGCCUGCGGCAGCUGGUGACGCUGUCGCCGCUGCCCAACUUCCGGUCCUGGCUCACGUCGCAGCUGCAGCAGCAGCUGAUGCUGCCGCAGGCGGCAGCCGGCAGCGCCAGCAGCGGCGCCAGUCCCCAGCAGCAAUCCGAGCAGACGCAACCGCAACCGCUCCUGCUGCCGGCUGAGCAGGUGGCAGUGGUGGGCCUGGCGCGAGCCAUGGGCUGGCGGUGCGCAGACCCAAGCCCAGGCAGCCCCGGAGCAACGGCGGUGCCAGUGGCAGUGCCAGGUCCGACGGUGUCGCCGACGGACGCGGCGGCCGCCCUGGCUUGGCUGUUGGACGGCGACCGAUGGCUAUCCGGCGCCAGUGGCGGCAGCGGCGAUCCUGCCGCUUCGGUACCGGCAGCCUUCUCGCCUCCUUACUUGAAUGCCCCAAGUGAUGCCGCCAACGCCGAGGCCACGGCCGCCGCCGCGCUCUCAGGCCCCUUCGCGCACCCGCCCCAGCCCGAAGCGGCAGUCCAGCCGCCGCCUCCAGCUGCGCCGGGCAAAGCUGUGUGCCCGGGCCCGGACGCCGAUGCGGUGCUGCGGCCGGUGCUGAUGCGGCUGGCGGCGCGGUACCUGGUGUGUGAGAAGCGGCGGUCCUUUGCGCUGUGCCCCGUGGCCAACUUCCACCUGCGCAAUGGGGCGUCGCUGUGGCGCAUCAACUGGAGGGCUGACACGAGCCAUCUGGGCCUGCGCCGCAGCUUGGGCAUCAUGUGCAACUACCACUACCAGCUGGAUAGUGUGUACGACAACAACAGGCGGUACCUGCUGCAGCAUGAGGUGACGACGCACCCGCAAGUGCACGAGCUUCUCAGUCGCCAGCAGUGAUGGCGCUUGCGCGGGGUUGGGGGUGGGGUUGGAGGGUUAGGAGGAGGAUGUCAGGAAGGGUUGUGCGGAUCAAAUAGCACAGCAGGUCAAGCCGAAGGUUGCCUCCGUUGUCUUAUGACUUUCCUGGACGAGGACCCUUUGAAUCGGUAUUGGUGUGUAUAAGCGCGUGUUGCACUUGCAACGGCAAGGAGGCGAUGAUUGCAGGACAGGGUGCUGUCAGGGCCGUGCACAUUCCCCAUGCGUGUGACCAACCCCGCCUCACCUUGCCCAGAGAACCGGAGGUCCGCUGCUCGGACGGCCCCCGGAAGCGCGAUUGUAAUCAUCGCUACCUGCAUUAACGCUGAGAGUGGCUACAUAGGCCGCCUCGGUUGUAGGUCCUUAACUCACGCCUUAACUUUACGAGCGUGCAAGGACGUGGGGCGGGGGGCUAGGCGUAGGACCAUGCUGCUGAGGCUGGUAGGUGUGCGUGUUGAACAUCGAUAGGGGGUGCGCGGGCACCAUAUCACCAUAUGGCGUGGUAACUGCGCUGAGCCCAUGUAAGCAGCGGACAGG